GUCCUACCGUGAAAUACACACGUGAAAACAGUUGACAUUGUGCAAUGCCUUGGUGAAUGAUAAAGGUGAACUGAGGAUUACAUUGUCAAUCACCAUGGCUUCAUCCUGUACACAGCUGUAUCUGCAGUGCAGAAAUCUUUUCCUCUCCAGGACUGUGGCAAGAACCUGCCAAUACUCCACUCAAGUUCACCAUUGCGUUACUCAUACAAGGGUAUCUAUCAAAAUCCCACUUGGAUAUUCAUUUUUUAAGGGGAACCACACAACAACUCAGGCAAGACAGAGGUGGAAACAACAGAUGCUCUGUUACAGUGACUUAGCUGCCACACAUCCUGGAACUGAAGCAAAAGAAGACAAGUAUGUUGAAGGAACAUUGAGAGAAGAUGUUGUUGCAUACAGAAGCCCCUUAUUGCCAAUUGGAGAUGUUGUGCCAGUGAUUGAAAGUCAGAUGUCAUUAGAUCUGGAUACUGCUGAACUGUCAGCAUUAGAGGAGAUCAGUGAAGAAGAGGCUGUCAGUAUAUCUGUUCCCUCUGCCAUGCCUCCUGCCUCCACCUCUCUCAGAGACUAUGUCGACCACUCUGAGACACUCAGCAAACUGGUCCAGCUAGGUGUAAGCCUGUGGAAGCUCGAACAAAAGCCCAAUGUGGGCUCCAUGCUGCUGAAGCUCAACUAUGACACAGAUGUGGCUCCAAGGCUGCUGUUUCUUAAAGAGAUCGGGGUGGAGGACUCUUGCUUUGGCCACAUCAUAACCCACAACCCUUUUAUUCUCACUCAGAAUUUGGAUAACCUACAGGCCAGGGUGAAUUAUCUCAAGUCAAAGAAGUUUAGUUCAGAGGCUGUUGCAUCCAUGGUGUCCAGAGCACCGUAUCUGCUGAACUUCAGUGUGAAGAGGCUGGACAACAGACUGGGUUUCUAUCAGCAGCAGCUUAAACUCAGUGCUUCUAACACACGGAACAUUGUAGCCCGUCUGCCCAGAUUACUGUGUGGCAGUUUGGAGCCUGUUAAAGAAAAUUUGAAGGUGUGUGAGAUAGAGCUUGGCUUUAAGGAAAAUGAGAUCCAGCACAUGGUUACUGUCGUCCCAAAAGUACUGACUGCCAAUAAAAGGAAGCUGAUCCAAAUAUUUGACUAUCUUCACAAUGUCAUGAAGGUGCCGCACAACCUGAUCGUCAAGUUCCCACAGGUCCUCAAUUCCAGGUACUUGCGUAUCCGAGAGCGCCACUUGUUCCUUGAGUACCUUGGAAAGGCUCAAUAUGACCCAAUCCUGCCCAACUACAUCUCCCUGGACCGCCUGGUGUCUCUGCCCGAUGAGGUUUUUUGCACUGAGCUGGCUUCAGCCACACUGGAAGAUUUUAAUUUGUUUCUGAAGACACUUUAAUUUUUCACAAAGGGACAUUAUAAAGUACUUCAGAAAGUGCUCAAGCACACAGAAUAAAUACCACAAUGUCAGACUCAUGCAGACAUGAAAUUCUUUAAACAUGGAGGGCAUCAACUGAGUUUGAAGUAUUCUUUGUAAAUAUGAUGUUUAAUAAAUGUACAUGACAGCA